GUCGAUCGCGAAGCCCGAAUCUGGUCGGCGUUUUUAGUCGUGGGAUUUCGUUCUCACAUCUCCCCUUCUCCCUUGCGCCUCUUAUCGCCCGCUGCCACACCAACGCCGUCCCAGCGCAAAGGCGAAGGCGAUUCCGGCUGCCGCCGACGCCUCAGAUAGUAAUCAAGAAGUUCAAUUUGCCGUUUCAUUUUAGUCAGCUGCACCAGUCCAAUGGCAAUUGUACCAUGCAGAGGAGCCUCAAUAUCUCAAUUAGGAGUACAUCCUCAAGCUAUAUCUAAAGAUGCAUCUCUGGGAUCUAAGCCGCUUUGCUUUGCGAAAAUGUUGCUGAUGCCACAAACUGCUACUAGGAACCACCUGGCUUCAUCAUGGCCAAGUUUCCUUGCUCAAGCUUCAUUCUCUCCUUUAUUAUUCAAUAACAGACCAUGUUUAAAGAGUAGGCGUUGCAGAGGAUCACGAUUCAUUGUCAGAGCUGAUAUUGAUUACUAUUCUGUCCUUGGUGUUUCAAGAAAUUCAAGUAAAUCAGAAAUAAAAAGUGCUUAUCGGAAGCUUGCAAGGAGUUAUCAUCCUGAUGUAAACAAAGAUGCUGGAGCAGAACAAAAGUUCAAGGAGAUUAGUAAUGCAUACGAGGUUUUGUCGGAUGAUGAAAAGAGAUCCCUGUAUGAUAAAUAUGGAGAAGCUGGCCUGAAAGGUGCUGGCAUGGGCACAGGGGAUUUCAGCAAUCCAUUUGAUCUCUUUGAGUCAUUGUUUGAAGGGAUGGGUGGAAUGGGUGGGAUGGGUGGGAUGGGCGGGGCAAGAGCUGCUCGCAACAGGCCUAUGCAGGGUGAUGAUGAGAGCUACAAUCUUAUUCUAAAUUUCAAGGAUGCAAUUUUUGGUGUGGAGAAAGAAAUAGAGAUUACACGGCUGGAAACUUGUGGAACCUGUGACGGUUCUGGUGCUAAACCAGGCACGACACCUAGCAAGUGCUCCACUUGUGGCGGUCAAGGUCAGGUUGUCUCUUCAGCAAGGACACCUCUUGGUGUAUUCCAGCAGGUCAUGACUUGCUCAACUUGUGGUGGCACGGGUGAGUCCUCCACUCCAUGCAACACUUGCGGAGGAGAUGGGCGUGUGCGGAAAUCAAAGAGGAUAAGUUUGAAAGUCCCGGCUGGUGUUGACUCUGGUAGUCGUUUGAGAGUUCGUUCAGAAGGGAAUGCUGGAAGGAGAGGUGGCCCACCGGGUGACCUCUAUGUAUUUAUUGAAGUGCUAUCGGAUCCUGUGCUUAAGAGAGAUGGAACCAACAUUCUAUACACAUGCAAGGUAUCAUAUGUUGAUGCAAUUUUAGGGACAACAAUGAAGGUUCCAACGGUGGAUGGAAUGGUUGAUCUGAAGAUUCCAGCCGGGACACAGCCAGGUACGACUCUUGUAAUGGCUAAGAAAGGGGUUCCUUAUCUCGGUAAGCCAAACACCAGGGGAGAUCAGUUGGUCCGGGUCCAGGUGGAGAUACCAAAGAGAUUAAGUAACGAAGAGAAAAAGCUGAUCGAGGAGCUUGCCAAUCUGAACAAGGCGAAGACAGCUAACAGCAGGAGAUAGCAAUGCCUUCUCUUUCUUGCUUAAAAUUUUCAAUGUACUUAAGAAUUUUAUGGUUCUCAUGAUAUUCUUAACACUCCGAUAGUAAUUUGUUGGUCAGUUAGGUCGAUUUGGUGACAGUUUAAUUCUGAACGUCGGAAAUAUAAGGAUGUGCUGGAGAUGAAUGUUUGAUUUUGCCGAAAAGGAAUUUAUUCUUGUGAACUAGGUCUCGGCAGGCCUAUAUAUGUUCACAAGCUAUCAAA